CUCUUGUGUAAUAUUAUCACGUAAUAAUGUCAUCAUCAUCGUCUGGGAGCAGCAAGACCACGACUUCGAUGGCCGUGCUCAUUUCCUUUGGCAUUUAUAUAGGCAUCUUCGCUGGUAUGGUCCUAGCCUAUUGUCUGGUUAAACAUAAAGCUCCGAAGCUUUAUAAUUGUCGUGAUAAUAUCCCUGAGUUAAGGUGUCCACUUUCGGAUAGAAAAACUGGUAAAUGGUCGUGGAUACGCGACGCUGUGUUGACAAGCGACGAUGAUCUUAUGCGUUAUGCUGGCCUGGAUGCAGCAGCGUUUAUACGACUUCUGAAAAUGGGGAUAAAAAUCUCGUUAGUGGGAUGUUUUAACUCAAUAUUCCUCAUCCCUAUAUACAAAUACCAAGAUCGCAAUGAUGGGUCUAACGAAAGCGAUACUAUGCAGUCGUGGAGUCUAGGUAACCUCCUCAAUGGUGACUCGGCGAUGAUCGCUACCCUCUUGGCAUCUUAUUUAUUCUAUGGUUACUCUAUGUAUCUCAUUUAUCAUGAGUUUAGUUGGUAUCUACGCAGACGUCAUGAAUUUCUGGCUCGCAAGAGUUUGGAAAAUUACACGAUAUUUGUGCGUGGCCUGCCGCAGGAAUUGCGUUCGAAUCAAGCAUUGAGGAAUUUCUUCGAGGAAGUCGCCCCUGGGAAGGUAUUGGAUGCUCGAGUGGCUCUGGACAUUGACGAUCUGGAGAAGCAGGAAGCAGAUAGGAGUAAGAUUAUACCCAAGCUGGAGCAUGCUUAUAAUGUUGCCGAAUAUGAGGGGGAGCGUCCAGAGAUGAAGAUUAAGAUGUGUGGUAAGGAGAAGAUGGACACUAUCACAGUGUUGGAGAGACGACUAGCUGCAUUGAAUCGAUAUUGUGAGAAGACUGUCCGAUCAGCGGAGGACUUCCAAGAGAAGGCUGAUGAGCUCUUCCGGGAGCAACUGGAGGAAAAGGAGAAAAGGGAGGAGGAAGCUGAGCGGGGGUUGAGUAAGCAGUUGAUUAAUCUAACGAAGGCCCCUGUGAAUAUCGUUAAGGAUGUUGCUGAUAUAGUACCUCUACCCAAGGCUCUAAUGCCGACUAACCUUCUACCCUUUGGAGAGAAGCCUGCCUUCCAGACUAGAAGUGACGGUUUUGUAACUUUCCGUUCAUUAAAGGCCUCUAUGUCGGCUUUACAGAUGGUGCAUUCAGCUACACCAUUCAAGUUGUAUGCUAUGCCUGCUCCCCUGCCAGAUGACGUGUUCUGGGAUAAUGUAGGUGUACCUCAUAUGAGGCAGGAAUUGGGUAUGCUACUCUCUAUCUCUCUAACGGUUGUCUUAUGUGUGUUCUGGACGGUACCUGUGGCUUUCGUAUCGUCAGUAUCACAAGUCCAAAACUUAAAGAGAGAGUUGCCAUUCUUGGAGACCUGGUCGGAGGCCUGGCCCGGUAUUGAUGUGCUACUACAGCAGAUCUCCCCUAUUCUGUUGUCUGUUCUCAACUCUUUAUUGGUUGUUUUCUUGAAGUUAUUCUCUCAGCUUGAGGGCCACAUUUCCAACUCUACCUUGAGCGCCUCAUUGUUUGCUAAGUUAGCGGCAUUCUACAUUAUACAGACCUUCUUCGUUAGUGCUAUAGCUGGUAGUCUUCUGGCGAGUCUACAUGAGCUGAGUGUCGAUCCUUGGGGUACUAUCCAAGAUAUUUUGGGUAACAACCUCCCCCAACAGGCUAACUACUUCAUGUCCUUCGUAUUUGUCCAAGUUGGACCCCCACUAGGCUCGGAGCUCCUACGAUACACACCAUUAAUAAAAGCACUUGUUCGGAAGAACAUUGGUCCGAGGUUGACGGAGAAGGAGAGGAGUCAGGCCUUCUUUGGCCUGGAGCCCUUGAGUAACCCUGUGACAUUAGAUCAACCUAAGUUGUUGUCCACGGUUAUGCUCUUCUUCAUGAUUCUCUUUGUUUACGCUGUAACGUCUCCUUUUGUUUCUUUCGUAAUGGCAUUUGCCUUUGCUUGUGAAGCUGUUAUAUACAAGAAUCAAUAUGCAUUCAUAUAUGAUCCAAGUAAUGAUAGUGGUGGACAGAUGUGGACUAGAGCCAUGCGGUUCAUCAUAUUCUGUGAGAUAGUAGCCGAGAUUACAGUUAUGGCUGUGCUAGCUAUCAAGGAGGGUGCGGUCGCUUCUCCUCUUAUGAUUCCUCUCUUUAUUGCUACUAUAUUAUUCUGGCUCUAUCUAGAGCAACAACACUUCCGAGUAGCUGUGUAUUUGCCAUCAAGGACGUGUGUGGAGGUAGACUCGGCUAGGGAUAAGUUGGCCGAGAUUGAUUUCGAUGCUUGGUUUGGUGCAUAUCGACAGGAGGCUCUCAAGGUUGUGUAUGAGGUCAAUGUAAAAUGCCGAGACAAGGAGACAGCUGAAAGAUUCUUCGGAUGGCUGGUCAAUCAAGGUCAUGUCGCGGAAGUUGUUAAGAAUGAAGGAUUCUCUUCGGCUGAGGUUUUUACGGAUGUUGAGGAUGCCCGUAAGUUGGUUGCGAGAUAUGUAGUUGACAGUGUGGAAGAUCUAGAUGCGUACUCUAGCGGUCCUGGGGUAGUGAAGGAGAUAGCACUCAAGAAAGAAGGCAUUGAGAAAUUUGGAAGUGAGCAGCAAGUGGUUUCAUUCACUCCUUUAACGAUGAUUUCCGAGAAAUCAAUUAACACGAGCAAGCUCAUGAGCAUGUUGGACGAAGGUUCUAACCUUGAGGAUGAGUGCGCGAAAUUGCGGUCGUCUGUUAUUCGCUGUACGUCUAAGCACUCAGCCAAUUUCUACAUCCGAGCCGUCCAGAACUUCCUAAAAGGCAUGCCGGCCAAGGGUGAGCUCCCUGCUAAAAUGCCAAUCGAUCGUGUACAAGUGACCGGCCUAGCCGCGGCUAUCACCUAUGCAGUAGCUGCUGCUACCGCAACGCAGUCGGCAGGGGUUGGCAAGAUAGUUAGCAUAAAGACUGGUGUGGUCAUGGUCCAACCUGAUCGUCCUGUGGGGAGGUCCGCCGCCGAGGAACAUGGUGUGCCCAGUAUUAGUAUUGUUAUCGAGCGUGUAGUAGAUAGUGGUGAAGAUGCAAUGAAAAAGGAGGAGGCCGCUGGUGAGCCCGUUAAGAAAAGCGAUUGA